AUGGUGUGCAGCAAGUGCGAGAAGAAGCUGUCGCGGGGCAUCCACCAGGAGAUGUGGAAGGACGGCUCCAGGCACACCAUCGAGGGCGGCGGGCGGAAGAUCAACCAGAACAUGGCGCUGAGCGGCAAGAAGAGGUGGACGCCCUACGGCGGCGCCACCGGUGGGAGCAAAUGCAAGAUCUGCAAGCAGUCCUUGCACCAGCAGGGGAUAUACUGUCAGAAGUGCGCGUACCACCACGGCAUGUGCUCCAUGUGCGGCGUCAAGGUGAUGGACACCACAUUUUAC